AUGGCAUCGCCAUUGCUGACUCAGAUGGGUAUCACGAACAUCACAUCUCAACCGGUGGAUUUCUUCGACAACGCAUGCGGCACCGGGGUUUUAACUCAAGAGCUGCAUUCAAUGUUGACCAAUGAGAUCAUCCAGAAGAGCUCUUUUCUGUGCGCGGAUAAGGCUCAGAACAUGGUCGACAUGGUGAAGAAAAGGGUCGCUGACGAAGGUUGGACCAACACAAAAGUUACGAACUUGGAUGCAAUGAACACUUCUCUUCCUGAUGACACUUUCACGCAUAUCGGACUCGGCAUGAGCCUUCACAUGAUACCAGAUCCAGACGCUGUUUUGAAUGACUGCAAGCGCCUUCUCAAGCCAGGAGGCAUACUCGGCGCCACAACCUUCCACCGCAACAAUAUCUUCUGGGUCCCAGACAUGCGCUCCGCCUUCGCCUCAUUUCCCUUCACAGCUCCCUUCCCAGACGAAGUGCCCAUGCAGCUCCAUGCGCAGGGGGUUUGGACAGAUCCCGAGUGGAUCGAGGAGCAUCUCAGAAGUCAAGGCUUUCAGGAUGUCGUGGUGAAGGUUGUCGCCAGGAAGCACCACGUGAAGAACGCCCAGGAUUUCGUUGCCACUUUUGGGGUGAUGCUUGGUUGGUUUUUGGCGUCAUGGUGGGAUGAGGAGACGCGUACAGCGCAUCCUGUGAGUGAAGUACGGGGGUUGGUGGAGAAGCAUUUGGAGGAAAAGUACAAUGGCGAUGGCUGGGACGUUGAGUGGACGUUGAUCGUCUCAACGGGUGUCGUUGACAAGGCUGUGGAGCGUGACGCCUAA